AGCCGUUCAGUUUUUCACUAGGACUAGACUAACGAACAGACGGCGAGAAAUCCUAAUAUCGGACGAUCGGCUGCACAGUUAAGCAAUAAGACAAAAGUGAAAAAUGCGUUAAAAUUUGGUUGCAGCGAGUGCAUAGUUUGGUGCUUUGGCGAAAAAAAAUCCCGAUUUGCAUAUGUCAGGAUUGCCUGGUAAACAACGACCGUAACUGGUGUUAAUCGGUUAAAGGUCAUGUGAUUGUAGGAAAAUUUGUGAUUCAUACUUUAAGGAGGCAGAAAAAGCACACGGUAGUGUAUUCCAACAAAAAGCGAUACUUUUAAUCCUGUGACGUGUUACGUAUUGUUACUGACCGUUCUGACAACUUCGUCUAGUGCGGUCUAGGUGUGGGUGAAAAUCGUAUGACACAGCAAUCAACUGAUAAACGAACGAGUCGGAAAAAUAGAUGUCAAGAAUCGACUAUCGGAUAUAGCACGGAAAUUAUUGCGAUACCAGCAAGAUUGUGGUUGUGUUUGUGGCGGUACAUCGUCAAUUUUCCCCCCCACCAGCGCCACACGUUGGCUUCUACGGUAAAUUACACAUAAAUAUGACUCGAUAGUGUCUACGAUAGCAAACCGAAUGUGGGUUAAUGAGUAGCGGAUAAACAGCCGUAGUAAUAAUCGUUAUUGGUAGUGUCGUGCCCAAUGUGGAAAGCCUCAUCGAUUCGGUAGCUUUAGCGAAGGACCAAACCGUUGGGUUGACGUCAGCAGCAACAGUCAGGAUUGUGCCGUUGCAAUCACCGCCGGUUACAGUCGGUGCAGCUGCAAAAAGCACAAGUGCACUGUUCCGAAUCUGGUGGAAUUGCUUGCCCGGAUCAGAAGUGAGUAUAACGGCAUAGCUCGCAAAAAAGUUACCGAAAAACUGACCAGCCUACAGAAACGGCAGCAGCCCCUAGUCAGCAAUGCAGUUCGGCUGGGCAUACGAUGGCGUUAACGGUUCCGUGCCGAGGAAUGUCGGUCCGGAAUGUGCCGAAUUCCUGCCGCCUAGUCGCAAGCUGCUGGAAACUUUGAUCCUCAUUCCACUGAGCAUAAUUGCGAUCAAAAUUGCUGUGGCGCGGAUGAAACCAAUCACAUUCCGACGGAGGGCACCCUUAGUUGGUACCCCGCAGCAUGCGGGCAGUCCCAUGGGUUUCCGGAGUAGUAGCAUCAGCCAUCUGGCAGCCGGAGGUGGCAGCCACAAUCUGCAGCAUCAUUAUCAAAGAGUAGGCGGAAGCACCGCUGGUCACCACCUGGAACCAGAUCACCGGGAACUGUUGAUUCAGCAGCACAACCAUCGGCGAUCUUCAUCAGUGGAAUACUGCAGUUGUCACCGGUGCAGCACUGCAGCUUCAAAUCCUGUCAAUUCAGUCCUGGACGGCGAAGCUCCUAGUUUAGUGAAGCAAAUUCUGCUGAUUACCAUGACUCUGACGCUGGGCGUCGAAAUAGGCUUUAAGUUUGCAACUAGGACUGUUAUCUACAUUUUAAAUCCUUGUCAUGUUACCACGUUGAUGCAGAUUUAUCUACUAGCAUGUAAUAAACCGAGGAAAAGUACAACGGGUCUCUUCCGGUUGCAGAUGAACUACCUGAACGGACCGAUGCUGGCGUUUAUGUUUCCGGAAACGGACAGCCGACAGCUACCGAUGGAAGCGGCCAUCUACUGGAUUCAGCAUGCGCUAAUGUGCAUCAUACCGAUCUAUCUGUUAAGAACUGGAGGCGUCUACAAUAUGGAAGCCAUGAAUGAUUUUACUUGGAACACUGUAGGUUAUGCAGCGAUCAUCAUCUACCAUUUUGCCUUUUUGCAAAUUGUUGCUAUUCCCACGCAAGUCAACCUCAACCACAUGUUGUGCGCGGCGCUCAAGGAUCCCUUCGAUGGUCCCAACUACCGCUCGAUGGCCGUCCUCCACGAAGCACUGCUGUGCACUAUUCUUUGCAAAUUGGUCACCUUCCUGUUUAAUCCAAUGCCUCCGCCAAUCAUCACCAAUCCACCGUUUAUCAAAAACGGUGGCUCCCUAACGGACCCCUCGGGGGGAGCUAUUACCAUCACCUCGCCCCUGGUAACAGCCUCCGGUGGUCAUCACUACGUGUCUCGCCCUUCAUCAAGACCGUCGUCCCGUUCGUCAUCGCCAGCCAAGUCGGUGUCGAUGCUGCAGGAAAACAAUAUUAUUAUUAAAACAAGCAAGAUUGACUAGUGGACCAUUAUCGCACGUUGGAUCGCCGCCUUUUCGGCUAGUUGAAACUAGAUAUAAGUGCAGUGUACAUACGCCAGUUCUCGCGGCACAGGAAACGCCAUGGGUCGGAUUCAACUUUUGUUAGCGCAUUCAUGUAACAAAAAGUGCUAUAUAACCAAAAUUUAGUUUAAUUCCAACGGGAAGCGUUGCCAAAAAUCACAGGACUUCUUAAUUUAAAUUGAAAUAUUACCACAACCCUGCAAUAGUUGACUCGAAAAGGUAGUUUGAGAAAAGAUUAUAAUUUCAAUAUUCGCUUCCACAGCUGACCAAAGCUUUUAGUUUUUUUACUGUUUUAUUUGUUUAUAAUAAACAUUACAUAUGCGAAUGAUACGAAUGCAAUGCAAAGCUUACUAGUGAUCAUACUAUUAUAUUUUAAAGCGAAUUUAGACCAUGCCUUUUACCAUUUUUUUUUUU